AGAACACAAGAUCGGAUUACAAGAUGGCGGUCUGUGGACGUUAGCAAAGAAGGCCGUUAAGAGUUGUUGUGUUCUCUUGUGAAUUUUACUGGUUGAUAACAGGGCCCUCCUGUCGAGCUGUUUCACCUCGUGAACGUAAUGUGUUUAUGAAUCGGCUACCGAUACAUUCUACGGCUAUUGUUAAACUUUACUGUAGACGUGCAUGUUUUUAUAUAACAUGCGGGUGGAAACAAAGUUAACAGGUCGAGGCUAGGAAACCACCAGACGUGGUGUGAGGUGAUUAGCUUGUUAGCUAGCCUGCUAGCUCCGGCUCGGUUAACCAUGUCGGACACUCGGCGGCGGGUGAAAGUGUACACGCUGAAUGAAGACCGGCAGUGGGACGAUCGGGGCACCGGACACGUCUCAUCUACGUUUGUUGAACGUCUGAAGGGAAUAUCGUUAUUAGUUCGAGCAGAAUCGGACGGAUCUCUACUAUUGGAGUCGAAGAUAAGCCCGAAUACUGCAUAUCAGAAACAACAGGACACACUGAUUGUCUGGUCGGAAGCAGAUAAUUAUGACCUUGCCCUAAGUUUCCAGGAAAAGGCGGGCUGCGAUGAGAUAUGGGAGAAGAUUUGCCAGGUUCAAGGCAAGGACCCGGCCCUGGACAUCACCCAGGACCCUAUCGAUGAGUCGGAAGAGGAGCGCUUCGAGGAGAUUCCGGAGACGAGCCACCUGGUGGAGCUCCCUCCUUGUGAGCUAAGCCGACUGGAGGAGAUCGCUGACCUGGUUACCUCUGUCCUGUCUUCGCCCAUCCGGAGGGAAAAACUGGCCCUGGCCCUUAUGAGCGAGGGCUACAUCAAGAAACUCCUGGGUCUCUUCAGAGUAUGCGAGGACCUGGACAACAGGGAAGGCCUACAUCACCUCUAUGAGAUUGUCCGUGGCGUCUUGUUCCUCAACAAAGCGGCCCUCUUUGAGGUGAUGUUCUCUGAUGACUGUAUCAUGGAUGUGGUGGGCUGCCUCGAGUAUGACCCAGCGCUGGUUCAGCCUAAACGGCACCGGGAAUUCUUGACCAAGACGGCUAAGUUUAAGGAGGUGAUCCCUAUCACGGACUCUGAGCUGCGGCAGAAGAUCCACCAAACCUACCGGGUGCAGUACAUCCAGGACAUCAUCCUCCCCACGCCAUCUGUUUUUGAGGAGAACUUCCUGUCCACACUCACCUCCUUCAUCUUCUUCAACAAAGUGGAGAUUGUCAGUAUGUUGCAGGAGGACGAGAAGUUCCUAACGGAGGUCUUCGCACAGCUCACAGACGAAGCCACAGAAGACAGUAAAAGGAGAGAGCUUGUGAACUUUGUCAAGGAAUUCUGUGCUUUUUCACAAACGUUGCAGCCACAAAACAGGGACGCUUUCUUCAAAACUCUGGCAAAUCUCGGCAUUUUGCCUGCGCUUGAAAUAGUCAUGGGAAUGGACGACCUGCAGGUGAGGGCAGCAGCUACGGACAUCUUCUCUUACCUGGUGGAAUUCAGCCCCUCCAUGGUCAGAGAGUUCGUCAUGCAGGAACCACAGCAGACAGACGACGAUGUUCUGCUGAUAAAUGUUGUGAUCAAGCAGAUGAUCUGUGACUCUGACCCAGAGUUAGGAGGAGCUGUGCAGCUGAUGGGUCUGCUCAGGACGCUCAUCGACCCCGAGAACAUGUUGGCUUCCACCAAUAAAACCGAGAAGACAGAAUUUCUGAGUUUCUUCUACAAGUACUGCAUGCAUGUCCUGACUGCUCCUCUGCUGGCCAACACGGCACAUGACAAAAACUCAAAAGAUCUCCAGGAGGGAUCAGCUAAGAUCAACCCCGUCUGUCCAGACAACUUCCAGACAGCUCAGCUGCUGGCACUGAUCCUGGAGCUCCUGACCUUCUGUGUGGAGCACCACACGUAUCACAUCAAGACCUACAUUAUGAACAAAGACCUGCUCAGGAGAGUGCUGGUGCUCAUGAACUCAAAGCACACCUUCCUGGCUCUUUGUGCCCUGCGUUUCAUGCGCAGGAUCAUUGGUCUGAAGGACGAGUACUACAACCGCUACAUCAUCAAAGGGAACCUGUUUGAGCCCGUCAUUAACGCCCUGCUGGACAACGGCACCCGAUACAACCUCCUCAACUCAGCCAUCAUAGAGCUCUUUGAGUUCAUCAAAGUGGAGGACGUUAAGUCUCUCAUAGCUCACAUUGUGGAUAACUUCUACAAAGCACUUGAAUCCAUUGAGUACGUCCAGACUUUCAAGGGCCUGAAAGGCCGGUACGAGCAGGAGAAAGACCGGCAGAGUCAGAGACUCAGCAGAUAUCGCAGAGACGCACGGUCGAUGGACGAGGAUGAGGAGUUGUGGUUCAAUGACGACGACGACGAUGAUGACGGAGAGGCCGUGGAGAAGAGCCGAAUGGAGGAUGACUUCUCUGACAGCUACGGCAAGUACAUGGAAGCCAAAAAAGGAGCUGCCAACGGAGCGAAUGGUGCCAACAAUAACGGGAAAGCUGCCGCGAUCCCACCUGCCUCACCAGCCCUCACUCCAAACAACAGUUCAACUUCCUCCGUCAAAACAGUUGCACUUCCUGCCACACCAGUAGUGAAGACGGCUCUGGUCGGUUUGGUGGACUACCCCGACGAUGAGGACGAAGAGGAAGAAGAGGAGGAGGAGGAGGAAGAGCAAUCUCCGAGGAAGCGGCCCCGCCUGAGCUCUUAAGGCUAAUUGUCCUCUGUUUGGUCGUAGUGGACGGACACUGAGUCCCUCCCAUUCCUCCCUCCUCUGGUCGUCUCAUUGGUCCUCGGCCUGCCUGUGCCACCUGUCAGUCUCGCUGAGGAGGCGGGCGAAGACAGGCUCCCACCUCACCCAGUCCCUCCCGAUCUCUGCUGCUCUUUUCUCCCUCAGUGGAAGGAGAAGGAGAAAGAAAGACAAAUCAGUCUGUUCCUUCAGCCUGUUGAUUUUACCUCUUUUUUUAAUAACGGCCUCAUCUAGAAGAUCCCAAAAUCCCCCUUUCUUCCUCCUGAGGGGGAAACACAUGGACUCUUUGCAAACUCACCCCUCCUCUCUUCCACUCUCCUGCUCUCCCGGCUCUGACCUCCUCCCGAAACAACUUCCUCAUCCUACGUACCGACCAGAGGCUUCGGUGAACGUAACGUUGCCAAGGCGGUUCCCCGACUCUGCUCUGAUGCUGUAGCAACAGUAGCAAGGUAGCUGCGGUACGUCAGCCACGCCCCCCGCAGGAACCCUCGCGUGUCCUCAUUUCAACUCUCCCUCCCAUCCUUCUCCAACCCCAAACCAAUGAGCCCCAGAGACAGAGGAAGCCAGAACACAACCAGCCGCUCAGUUAGGCUAGCAUUGCCAGCCGCCAUAGUUAUAGGAAGCUUGACUGGCUGCAGCAGCGAGGGCCGCCCUGUCACAGAACUGAUCACGUUUGUCCGGGGGGAGGUAGAGGGGAUCUAGGCGACAUAGAAGAAUUAAAUGAAAUGUUGAAGAGACGAGGGAGGUCACAAAUGUACCAGGACGAAAAAAAAACUCAGCAGUUUUGAGGCUUAGAUCCAGAGGAGCAGGACUCAAACCUACAGAAGCCAUGGCGCCAAUAUGGCCAAGGCACACACACACACGGCGUCUCACACACAGGACUGCGUAUGCCAGAAAUCCUGUAUUUCAUGACUUUGUUAAAAAGUACUGUACAGAUGUUUUUUUUAUUUUUAAUCAUUUUUCCCUGAUCUGAUUUUCAAAGGGGAGAGAGGAUACCUACCUACCUGUGUAUUUUUGUUGUUGUUGCACAAAAGGUGGGGGUCCCUGUUCACCCCUUCAGUCCAGUUCAUUUGAGUCAAUGUAAAAUGCUGGUUUUAAAAAAUAACGUAUUAAAACUGCAGUAAAGUCAUUUUUGCAGCCAACAUUUCGAGGAUGUCUGGAGUUUUGUAUGUUAGUGGAUUGAAGAAUUUAGUGGCCUCAAUACGAUGCACACCGUUUUGUUUUAACUGGGUGAUGAACCUGAGCUGUUAGAGUAGAUUUAGGGCACACUCUUGUUUUCAGAAGGUUUAAGACUCCGCCCCCUUCAGACUAGACUAGGGUCAGAGUUACCCACCACGUGUGAGCGCUGUAACGCUGCUAGUGGUGAAACACCAAGGCGCCAGAAUGUUAAACGCCUGUUGAAGCAUAAAAACAACUCUCCAGAUCAAAAAUACGUUGAAGGAAUAUCUUUCUUUUACAUUUUUUCUAAAAGUUUAGUUCAUAUUCUAUGAUUGGAUGAGCUGUUUAUUCUCCCUAGUUAUGAAAAGAUGAUUUAACCCCAGAGUUGAUGCAGUUUUUCGAGUCAAACUGUUGCUUCAGUUGAGCAUUUCUGACAAUGCAGAGGUUUGACGGUUUGUUGUUGGGUUGAAACAUUUCUCGUGUUGUAGCGUCUCACCACAAGCACACAGAGGCCGGAGAAGGGAAUCAGAACUCACACAGACGUCUGUCCAGAACCUCUGAGUCAUGAGCCGCCGCGUAGGAGCACGUGUAAAAAUAUUAUUGCCAAUAAUGUGCUUUUCAGGAGUUCAGUCGUAUACGAGCAGCGGAUUGUCUGUCAGCGUCACCCAACAAUUUCACUGUUUUUGCCCCCCCUCUCUCUCCCCUUGAUGAAUUUGUACCAAGUGCAUUUACUACCACUAUCCAUUCUUAACAUUUGUAUGAAUUUAUUUGAUAAGUUUUGAAAUUAAAUGUGACCCUGACAUUGAACUUGUAAA